UUGAGAAACAGUGCUUCACUGUACCGGAUGGACACCAGGUCCCUUUUUCCCUCAUCCUGGACCAAUCUUUUGCCUUCUCUCUUUUCACCACCUCUAUCAUCCACUUGGCUCUCUCUACUUGUUCCAGAUCCCCUUCUACCAAACACGCACUCAUCUCUCUCUCCCUGUUGCUAAUUUUUCCCCGUCGCCCCACUCUCAGUCAGCAUGGUGAACAGAUAACUGCUAAGCUGUUGAACAUGGGCUCCUGCCUCUGCAAAGGUCACCAAGACCUGCAAAGUGGCCAGCAACACCCCAUGGAAGAGCUUCACUCUUACGCUGAAGGACAGCCCAUCUUUAAGGAUAAUAACCAUCAGCCCUACAAUGGCAGCAUGUCAGAUAAAAGGAGCAGCAGCGGGUAUGACAUUGGAGAAUUGGCUACAUCUUCCCUGCUGGGACUGCUGGCCACUAUUAAAGACCACAUCACUAAGCCCACUGCGAUGGCCCAGGGCCGAGUCGCCCACCUGAUUGAGUGGAAGAGUUGGGGAGGGGAAGCGACGUCUGGAGGAGGCUGGUGUGGCUGGACGAGAGAUGGUGGAGGAUGGGGAGGUGUGGGAGCCGCACUACAGGAGGACGAACAGCUCUACUCCCACCUCACUGAUGAAAUCAAAGAAGCACGAUUUGCUGCGGGUGUGGCAGAGCAGUUUGCUCUGGCUGAGGCAGCGAUGAAUGCCUGGUCGUCCCAGGAUGUUGAAAAUAAAUCUACAGGCAGUACAAUUCCAGUACAAGAUCCCGAGGGCCUCUAUCUUUCUCAGUUCCUGUUGGAUGGAGGGAGUAUGGGUGUUCCUCAGCACCUGUACAGAAUGCACAUGGAAGCUGAUGACACCAGCUCUCUGGCACCUUCUCAUCCUCCUCAGUCUCAUUCCCCCAGUCAUUCUCAUUCUCCACUGGACACACAACGUCCACCGCAGGAGCAGAGGAUCUCGCCGAUGGAAGGGUCUGUGCGACACGCAGACAGCAUCUCCCUGUCGGAGGAUGAGGUUUUUUAUAACUGAAAUUUUGAUGAUGACAGUGGAACGAAAGAGGAAAAGGUUUUUCGCCUGUUCUUUGUGUUCGAUGAGAAGCGUAUGAGGUUAUGUCUAGGGUUAUCGCUUUACCGUUAAAGUAUGUAAUAGCCACAGCUGAGCUCUUUGACAAGCAAUGAACGCAGGGAUCGUUGUACACACGGACAUGUUAUUUCCAUAUCACGUUGCCUUUUUGCAAAUGAAAGCGUCUCUGUUUGCAGUAAUGAUAAUGGAGAUUGGACUUUAUGUUAACAGGGUCAGACCAAUUACGUCUAGAAUAAAGUAAAAGGUCAUUGCACAUGAAUGCAUCUAAAAAUAAUACAUUGACAGAGGGGUGAUCGAGACCAUCAUGCCUUUUCACCUUCCACUGAGUAUUUGUUGAUAUUUGCAGCAGCCUUUCACAAAGAAACAGGGGGCUAUUAGCACUAUAGACUGAAGAAGAAAGAGCCAAAAUAAAACACGCUUUCAUCUCCACAGACAUUUUCCUGGUGCAUUUCCACAAAGAACGACUCAAUGGGACUACAGAGGUGAAUAGGAUUCUUUUGUGAGGACUCUGGAGGGUGAAAGUGACUUAUGCCUUUGAGCAAAGCCGCAAUCAUUACUUGGGACAGUGAGGUGGAGAUUUUAAGGAUUUUUCAUAUCGCUAAAUGUUUCCAUGGAGAUUUUGAGUAUAAAACGUCUAACACAGCAAAUGACUACAUGUAUCCUCAAAGCUGAAGUGUGUUCUUUUUAAUAGUCUCACCAAACAGAACGGCACAAUAUUGACAGUUUUCAAGUACAAUUUCUAAACAUUCCCACCAUCUGUUAUUGGUUGGAAAAAAGAAAGCCCCGCCCCCAACUCAUGCCAUUGGUCGAGCCAGUGUCGCUAGUCGGAAUACUCACAUUCCAUCAGGGCACCAGUGUUUACAUGAUUUGGCGAAACUGACCUAUAGCUUACUUGUUGUAUAAAAAAGAUGAUCUAUUAUUAAUAUUAUGUAAUAUAAUUAAUAUUUGUGAAUAUCUAUAUUAUUUGUAUUAAUUAAGAUUGAUAAUAUUCACAUUAUUAAGAUGGAAUAGGAGAUGAAAUUGACGUAAAAAUGGCUUACUUACAGUAAAAAAUAUUCAAAAUAAUUAAGAUGAAUAAUAUUCAUAUUAUUAAGAUGGAAUAUGAGAAAUAUAGACUUACUUGUAGCAAUUAAUUGAUUAAUUAAUAUGAUCUUAAUAUUAACUCAACCUACAAAUGGCUUACAUUUUGAAAAAAUCGAAAAUUAUUAUUAAUAUUAAAUAAUAUUCAUAAUAUUCAUACUACAGUGGAAUAUGAAAUGAAAUCAAACUAUAAAUGGCUUACUUGUAGCAAUAAAUUGAUUUAUUAAUAUUAUUAGCAUUAAUGUAAUAUUUUAGUAAUAUUACACACUUCAGCUUUGUUUUUUUGUUUUUUUUAAAAAAGGUCCACAUAAAUGUAGAACUGAAAAAAGUAUUACCACAGAUAACUUUGAGUAACUUGCCUCCAUAUUGUGUUAAUGAUUGUGUCAACCGUUUUGUGCAGUCCUUUGUAUGUGAAAAAUUAUGAUUUAAUCUUUAAAAGAUCUAUUGCGGCAGAAAUCGCUUGCUAACAAGAAAAUUAUUGCGUGUGUCUGAGACAAAAGAGUGAGAGCUGGAAUAACAAUCGUCUGCCUUUUCUCCGUAAUUAGCCCUAUUCACACUCCACUGACAAAGAAAGUUGAUGGAAAGAGAGAGAGGGAUGAGGUAGAAGAGGGGAUUAUAGUAAAUGCAGAAGCUGGAGAGGGCGAGAGAGGAGGCUGUUGGGAGGUGGAAUGGUCAAGUGUUAUCAUGCUCCAGGGUCUUUUAAUAGAAGUUUACACAGUGUGAUCCUCGUGUGGUGUCAGAUUAUGUGUGUGACUGCUUUGGUGCUCCAGGGGACGGUUUGAAGUAGGAUUUAAUUGUGUUGAUAGAGGCUCCGGGGUGGUGAGCAGAAUUGAA